AUGUCGAAACAGACAGACUCUUUUGAUGAUGGGGAGCUUCCUCCCCCGUAUACUGAAUCAGGUCCAUCAGUAUCAGCAUCUAUAGAACCACGGCAAUCAGUCGCAACUAUUUUCUCCUCACACCUCAAUAAUCUCCCACUACGUAUCCAUUCGGUCCAAACCGCUCGAACCUCGGCGCGCAAUGAACGGGAUAGCGAGAUACUAGCUCUACUUGUCCCCCACGUGGAAGACAUGCUCUCCUCAAUCGCAGCCAUGGAUCCACCACCGCGAGUCGUCGAGAUGACCAUGGUGCCAGAGCAAGCUGUCGGUGAAGGCUGGGUCUUUAGCGAUGAAGACCAAUCCCGUACAGUUGUUCGAGUCAAGGAAGAUCGCAAGUUAGUAGGUGAUCAGAAACAGCCCCCAAAACGGGAGAUCGAACCUCAACAAGAUAGGGGUUUCGAUGAUUGGGGGAGAUGGAAAGACGAGACCCAUGAUGCAGCUGCAGACAACGCUCUCUGGUGGCCAGACCACGAUAUGGCUAUCCGUCUGGCAAAAUACAUAUCGCCAGAGCGAAUAGACCGACAGGUAGUAAAAGCACACGUCGAACAAGCGAAAAAAGCAUCAAGAUGGAGUCUCUUCAAAAAGGCUGAGCCAUCAACUCCUCCGGCGCCAAUACCACAACCACGAGAAGAGCCAGUGACUAUGACAGUCAAGGCGGAGGAGGUUACUUUCCGCCGCGAGAAUGCUAUGGGAAUUUGGGAAGGGAAGACAGGUUGGGGGUUAGUGGUUAGAGUGAAGCUACGGCAGUGA